UAUAGUGUUUGUACGGCGCGGGCAUUUUUGGGAGACGAACAGAAUAAGAACAGUAUACGAAGAAGAAGAGACAGAGCGCAGUGGCACUAUCAUACCUGGCAAGCAAUUCGCAAACUUCAACAAAAAUGGAAGUGGAUGAAGAACAAGAGAGAGUCGCCAGAGACCCUCCCAAAAUCUACCGCCUCGACGAGUCAGUCGUCAACCGAAUCGCCGCCGGCGAGGUCAUCCAGCGGCCGGUGUCCGCGGUCAAAGAGCUCGUCGAGAACAGCCUCGACGCCGGCUCUUCCUCCAUUAACGUCACCGUUAAAGACGGUGGUCUCAAGCUCAUUCAAGUCUCCGACAAUGGCCAUGGCAUCCGCUACAAGGACUUGCCAAUACUAUGCGAGAGGCACACGACUUCGAAGUUGUCUACCUUUGAGGAUUUGCAGUCCAUAAAGUCGAUGGGAUUCAGAGGAGAAGCGUUGGCGAGCAUGACCUAUGUCGGUCAUGUUACAGUUACCACCAUUACCGAAGGUCAAUUGCAUGGUUACAGGGUAUCUUAUAAGGACGGAGUCAUGGAGCAUGAACCAAGGGCGUGUGCUGCUGUAAAAGGAACUCAGAUAAUGGUUGAGAAUUUAUUCUAUAAUAUGACUGCUCGGAGGAAGACGCUACAAAAUGCUGCAGACGAUUAUUCUAAGAUUAUAGACUUGCUAAGCCGCUUUGCCAUUCAUCAUAUAAAUGUUAGUUUCUCUUGUAGAAAGCAUGGUGCUGGAAGAGCAGAUGUGCAUUCUGUUGCUACAGAUGCAAGGCUUAAUGCUAUUCGAUCAGUUUAUGGGGUCUCAGUGGCUCACAAUUUGUUGGAAGUAGAAGCUUCAGACGAUGAUCUAUCCAGUUCAGUUUUUCAAAUGAGUGGUCUCAUCUCCAAUUGUAAUUUUGUUGCAAAGAAAACAACAAUGGUGCUUUUCAUAAAUGACAGAUUGGUGGACUGGACUGCAUUGAAGAGGGCUCUAGAAAUUGUUUAUUCUGCAACACUGCCAAAAGCAUCGAAACCCUUCAUAUAUAUGUCAAUCAUAGUGCCAGCAGAGCAUGUUGAUGUGAAUGUGCACCCAACUAAAAGAGAGGUAAGCCUUUUGAAUCAGGAAAUCAUUAUUGAGAAGAUACAGUCAGUGGUCGAGUCAAAAUUGAGGAGCUCUAAUGAAGCGAGAACAUAUGAUGAACAGAUGGCUGAACCAUCUCCAUCUGCUCAAAAUAAUCUACUCAAGGAUUCAAAUCUCAGCCAGUCACCGUCAGGAGGAUCAAAACCUCAAAAGGUUCCAGUCAAUAAAAUGGUUAGAACAGAUGCAACUGAUCCUGCUGGGAGGUUGCAUGCGUACUUGCAAAACAAGCCUGUUGACCAUCUUGGAACGGAUUCCAGUUUGACAGCGGUGAGGUCUUCUAUUAGACAAAGAAGGAAACCAAAGGAAACUGCGGAUCUUACAAGCAUUCAGGAGCUUAUUGAUGAGAUUGACUGUAACUGCCAUUCUGGGCUUCUGGAGGUUGUCAGACAUUGCACAUAUAUUGGAAUGGCAGAUGAUGUAUUUGCAUUGCUUCAACAUGAUACUCAUCUCUAUCUUGCAAAUGUUGUCAACUUGAGCAAAGAGCUUAUGUAUCAGCAAGUUCUUCGCCGGUUUGCCCAUUUCAAUGCUAUACAAUUAAGUGAUCCAGCUCCUCUACAAGAGUUGAUUAUGUUGGCGCUGAAAGAGGAAGAUUUAGAAACUGAAUGCAGUGGGGAUCAUGACCUAAAGGAGAAGAUUGCAGAAAUGAAUACAGAAUUACUCAAGCAAAAGACAGAAAUGCUACAGGAGUAUUUUGGCAUUGAAAUAGACAUGAAUGGGAAUUUGUCAAGACUUCCAGUCGUUCUGGACCAGUACGCACCUGACAUGGAUCAUGUCCCUGAAUUUGUUCUCUGUCUGGGAAAUGAUGUUGAUUGGGAGGAUGAAAAGAAUUGCUUUCAAGCAAUUUCAGCUGCUCUAGGAAAUUUCUAUGCCAUGCAUCCUCCCAUGUUGCCCAACCCAUCUGGUGAUGGUUUGCAGUUUUAUGAAAAGAAAAAACUUCCAUGGCAUCCUGAAGAUGAAGGAAAUCCAGCCGGUAAAAUAGGGGAUGUCACAAUGGAGACUGAAAUUGAUCAUGAACUGCUUUCGGAGGCAGAGACAGCAUGGGCUCAGCGGGAAUGGUCAAUCCAGCAUGUCUUGAUUCCAGCUAUGAGACUCUUUCUUAAGCCACCGACUUUUAUGGCUACAAACGGAACAUUUGUUCAAGUAGCUUCAUUGGAAAAACUCUACAAAAUUUUUGAAAGAUGCUAAUUAGCUCGCCCUUUAUGGAUGUACGAUAAAAAGCCUGCAGAUAAGUGAUGUCGUUUUAAGGGUUUAUGGAUUCAAUGUAGUCUAAACUUCAUAAUUACACGUUGCUACACGAUGUAGACUGAAAUCAUUCACCAAAAAGAAAAUGACUGAAAUUGUGUAUGUUCUGUUUCUUAAUUUUCUCUUCCUUUUACAAGUAAGGAAAACACAUUUUUUUUCCUUAGGGGGAAAAAAUUAAAAAUAAAUAAUAGUAAAAUUUAAUAUUCA